UGACGUGGCGACCGCCAUAUUGUUCGCACUGGUAGAACUCUACAAGUUUUCUACCAAUUUUCAUCGUAUUCUGGCGGUCUUGGCGAGUGCAAGCCUUAGUGGUGUUUUUAAUCAAUUAUUAUUAGCCUCUUGAAAGGUUUGGUAAAUUAUUUUUACCAUGCUUACGAAAUUUGAAACAAAAUCGGCGAGAGUUAAAGGCAUUGCCUUCCACCCCAAGAGACCAUGGGUUCUUGCUAGUCUGCAUAAUGGUGUUAUACAGUUGUGGGACUACCGAAUGUGCACAUUGCUGGAGAGAUUUGAUGAGCAUGACGGUCCAGUAAGAGGAAUCAAUUUUCAUACCAACCAACCUUUGUUUGUUUCUGGAGGAGAUGAUUAUAAGAUAAAGGUGUGGAACUACAAACAGAAGAAAUGUCUGUUCACUCUGUUGGGCCACUUGGAUUACAUCCGAACAACUUUUUAUCACCAUGAAUAUCCAUGGAUAAUCAGUGCUUCUGAUGAUCAAACAAUUCGCAUCUGGAAUUGGCAGUCGCGCACUUGUAUCUGUGUUCUCACAGGACAUAAUCACUAUGUGAUGUGUGCUCAGUUUCAUCCUGCAGAAGACUUGGUUGUUUCUGCUUCGCUUGACCAAACAGUAAGAGUCUGGGAUAUUUCAGGUCUUAGAAAGAAAACCUGUGCACCUGGAGCAAGUGGACUAGAAGAGCACUUAAAAACUCCUGGCCACACAGAUCUAUUUGGACAGUCAGAUGCUAUUGUUAAACAUGUACUCGAGGGUCAUGAUCGUGGUGUCAACUGGGUUUCUUUCCAUCCCACCAUGCCACUUAUUGUGUCUGGAGCUGAUGACAGACAAGUCAAACUGUGGAGAAUGAAUGACUCCAAGGCCUGGGAAGUAGAUACAUGCCGAGGACACUACAAUAAUGUAUCAUGUGUAAUGUUCCACCCUAGGCAAGAGCUGAUUUUGAGCAAUUCAGAAGACAAGAGCAUCAGAGUUUGGGACAUGUCAAAGAGAACUGGAGUUCAAACAUUCAGGAGAGAGCAUGACAGGUUCUGGGUAGCAGCUGCUCAUCCCACACUCAAUCUAUUUGCUGCAGGCCAUGAUAGUGGAAUGAUAGUCUUUAAGUUAGAGAGGGAGAGGCCAGCUUAUGCAGUUCAUGGAAACAUUCUGUAUUAUACAAAGGAGAGAUAUCUGAGGAUGUAUGAAUUUGGAACCUCUAAAGAUGUGCCAGUCAUGCAGUUCAGGAGGAACUCGUCUCGCACUCCUGUGUAUAGCAUGUCAUACAAUCCUGCAGAAAACUGUGUUCUUCUCUGCACAAAUGCAAGCAAUCCAGAGAACUGUGUCUAUGAGCUGCAUGCAGUUCCCAAGGAUAUUGACAGUAGCAAUCCAGAAGUAUCUGAGGGCAAAAGAGCAUCAGGAUUGACUGCAGUGUGGGUGGCACGCAAUAGAUUUGCUGUCUUGGACAGAACACAUACUCUAUUGAUCAAAAACCUGAAGAAUGAAGUAACAAAGAAGGUCCAAACUCCUCCUUGUGAUAUGAUAUUCUAUGCUGGCACUGGCAGUUUGUUAUUAAGGGACACUGACUCUGUCACCUUGUUUGAUGUGCAGCAGAAGAGGUCCUUGGCAUCUGUCAAAGUGAAUAAGGUGCGAUAUGUGGUCUGGUCAGCUGAUAUGGCUCAUGUGGCCUUGUUAGGAAAACACGUGGUUGCAAUUUGUAAUAGAAAACUGGAGUGUCUUUGCACUAUCCAUGAAAACAUCCGUGUGAAGAGUGGGGCAUGGGAAGAAAAUGGUGUUUUUGUCUAUACCACAAGUAACCACAUCAAAUAUGCACUAAUAAAUGGUGACCAUGGUAUCAUUCGUACACUUGACCUUCCCAUCUAUAUCACAAGAAUCAAGGGGAGCAGUGUGUACUGUCUUGAUCGUGAGUGUAAAACCAGAGUUCUUGGAAUUGACCCUACAGAGUUCAAGUUUAAAUUGGCUUUGAUCAAUCGCAAGUAUGAUGAGGUUCUACACAUGGUGCGAAAUGCCAAACUGGUGGGACAGUCUAUUAUUUCUUACCUUCAAAAGAAAGGUUAUCCUGAGGUUGCUUUACAUUUUGUCAAAGAUGAAAAGACCAGAUUUGGACUGGCCUUAGAAUGUGGUAACAUUGAGGUAGCCCUGGAAGCAGCUAGAAGCCUUGAUGACAAGGUGUGUUGGGAUCGAUUAGGAGCUGCUGCUCUGACACAAGGAAACCAUCAGGUAGUAGAAAUGGCAUAUCAGAGAACAAAGAACUUUGACAAGUUGUCUUUUCUUUAUCUUAUUACUGGCAACCUUGAGAAACUUGCCAAGAUGACCAAAAUUGCUGAAAUCCGUAAGGACAUGAGUGGCCAAUACCACAAUGCAUUGUACACUGGUGAUGUGGAGGAGAGAAUCAAGAUCCUGAAGAGUCUUGGUCAAGGAUCCUUGGCAUACUUGACAGCUGCUACUCAUGGGCUUGCUGAAGAAUGUCAGGAAAUAAAAGAUACCUUUGAUCUUGAUCCAGAGACACUUCCAGCUGUGAACCCAAAUGCCAAGUUAUUACAACCACCAGCACCAAUCCUUCAGAAUGAGGGUAACUGGCCCUUACUUACUGUGGCAAAGACUUUCUUUGAAGGAGCCAUGGCUGCCAAAGCUGGUGGUGGAGCUGCAGCUAUGGUGGCUGCAGAUCUGGAUGAAGGUGCCGGAGAUGGCUGGGGAGAUGAUGCAGCGCUUGUGAUUGAUGAAGAAGGAGGAUUUGGUGAGGAAGGCCCUGAUGGUGACAUCCUUGGGGGAGAUGAAGAAGGUGGCUGGGAUGUUGGAGAUGAAGAUUUGGUGCUUCCACCUGAUUUGGAUGUUGGUCCUGUGUCUGGUGCAGGAGAUGAAGGUUACUUUGUGCCUCCGGUCAAGGGAACUAGCCAGUCCCAGGUGUGGUGCACUAACUCCCAACUUGCUGUUGAUCAUGUCCUGGCUGGGUCGUUUGAAAGUGCUAUGAGGCUUCUUCAUGACCAAGUAGGUGUAGUCGUGUUUGAACCAUACAAGCCACUGUUUAUGCAGGCCUUUGGUCGUGGAAGAACUGCACUUCCAGGCAUGCCUGGAGGGCCACCAUUGCUGGGGCAUCCUCACAGAAACUGGAGAGAUGCUGGAGCUAAAGGUGGUCUUCCUGCUGUGGGAUUGAAACUGAAUGUGCUUGUACAACGUUUACAGGCUGCUUACCAGUUGACAACAGGAGGCAAGUUUCAGGAAGCAAUCUAUAAACUUCAAGCCAUUCUCUUGAGUGUUACUCUGCUGGUUGUAGACAGUAAGCAGGAAAUAAGUGAGGCACAGCAGCUGUUGGGAAUAUGUCGAGAAUACAUUGUUGGACUGCAAAUGGAAGUGAAAAGAAAGGAAUUACCUAAGUCCACCCUUGAAGAGCAGAAACGGCUUUGCGAGAUGGCAGCAUAUUUCACUCACUGCAACCUCCAGCCAGUACAUCAGAUACUUACUCUUAGGACUGCUGUCAAUCUUUUCUUUAAGUUAAAGAAUUUCAAGACGGCUGCGUCCUUUGCUCGUCGCCUGUUGGAACUAGGACCACGUCCAGAUGUGGCUACCCAGAUUCGUAAGAUCCUCCAAGCCUGUGACAAGAAUCCUACUGAUGCACACGUUCUUCAAUAUGAUGAGCAUAACCCUUUCACCAUCUGUGGAGUAUCUUACAAGCCUCUCUACAGGGGAAAACCACAAGAAAAGUGCCCUCUUUGUCAAGCUUCCUAUUUGCCUGAGUACAAAGGAACAAUUUGCAAUGUCUGUAAGGUUGCUGAGGUUGGAAAAGAUGCCAUUGGCUUAAGAGUCAGUCCAUUACAGUUCAGAUGAAGAAUAGGAAGAAACAGCAGAUCCUUUUCAUUACCAGGAGAAAUAAAUGCAUUUUUUAAACAAGACCUCCCAUCUGCUUUUAAAGGAAGAAUUCAAGGCCAUUUUCCAUUUCAAAAGAAAAUAAACAAAAACAGUCGUAUAGUUGAAGUACCUUUAAAAAAAUGACAAAUUAUUCCUUUAAGAGGUUGAAAAAUGAUUUAAACUGUAACCUUACCUCAAGGUUUUGAAAGAAACAUAUUUUGUGUAGUUAGAAAAUUAAAUAAGUUCAGUUCAUUUCUGGAUAAGGUAGAGUUAGGAACAAACCAUCACAGGAAUCAUAGAUGUUCUAUGAAUUUUCUAGUGUUAAGAUUUCAAGUAGCAGUAAUGUAUAAAUCACAAAAACAUCCAUCAUUCAAUGCCAUUAAAAGCAUUGGAACUAAAUAUAAGGCUUUGUGUUUAUAAAGAGUUGUUUGGAAUGUUUCAGUGUUGAGUGGCAAAAAUCAGGGCUGAAGACUAAUAAAAUAUAAUCUUUCUAAUU